GAAUCUAGAGAAAGAAAUUUCCUUUGAUUUUGGUCCAAAUGGAGAAUUUUCUUACAUGUAUGGACAGUGCUAUGAACUCGCUACUAAUGAAUAUAUUUAUCGCCUCUGCCCCUUUAACAGAGUGUCUCAGAAACCAAAGCAUGGCGGCUCAGAGACGAGCCUUGGGUGAAACUUUCCUGUGGCAAGGAGACAAUUGUCACAUCCACAACAGAGCCCAGCCGCUGUGAGUAUUCGAUGGAGUUUGUUACCCCAGCAGCUUGCCACGAGCCAAAAGACCUUGGCCACGAUGAACUCUGAGGCAGCUGUGCACAACCAUCCCUGUCAGAGAAGCCAGAUUCUGAUUCAUAUGAUUCCAGGCAAUUUUGUAAAAUUCACCACGUGGUUUGCCUCAGGGUGUGCUCUUCAUGAAUUCCAACGCUUCUUGUUACUCCGGCCCAGUGGACUUUGAGGUUUGAACUUUCGUUUUCCCCGUCAGCUACUGGGACACAAGCAUUUUUCCCACCCACCCAGGUGUCUUAUCAACUAUCGUCUGCCCGAAACACGUCCACUUAGGAUUCCACAACUACCUGGGCCUUCCUUCUGCUGGCAGGCAGCUUCCUCCAUUCCGAAAGGUGAUGCUUUUGUGAAGAAGAAGGAGAUGCAUUUGCUUCUCAUUCAUGGUGGAGGGACCUCAAAACUGUCUACCUGAAGCUUUUCCCUGCUGGCCUUUUUCCAAAAAAAAUCACUUGGUGGUGAUUUUUUCCACUGAGUCUGAAACUUUGGACAGUUGAAACAAGAAGAGGGGGACAAAAAUCACCGCCUGUUUUUUAUCUGCUGUUUUUUCCUGGGGGGAAAAAAACCCUACAUUCCCAUCCAAUAAAGAAAGAGUCCUUUC